CAGCCUGCCCGCUCCGAAACCCUUUGCGCACCAGGCACGAGAACGAAAACGAAAACAAAAUGGCGGCCCCCAAGGCGUUCGGUGCUUCCCGCUGCCGGGUGCUCCUGGCCCUCCUCGCCGCGGGCCUCUCCCCCGGGUGCGUCCGGUCGUUUUGCCCUUCGCCGCACCCCCCCCCGAACAGCUUUGCCUCUUCGAAGGCACGGCCCCCGCCGGCGGCCCUGCACGGGUGGGUCCAAAAGGACGACGGGGAGUGGGAGUGGGAGGAGGACGACCCGGACUUUGUGCCGCCGCCCCCCGUCGAGGUCGCGGCGGCCGAGCCCUCCUCUCCCGCGGCCCCAAAGGCCACGGCCACCCCGCAGCUCCCGUCGGGAAAACUCAAGCCGAAGCAGUCGCUGGGGCAAAACUUUCUCCGGGACGGCAACACGGUCGCCAAGAUGAUCAAGGCCUUCCACCAGGACGCGACGGUCCACGGGGACCGCCCGGGCAAGCCCCUCACCUCGAUCGUCGAGCUGGGCCCGGGGGCGGGGGCCCUCACCGACCGGCUGGUCGAGAACUACGGGACGGAUGUCCUCCGGUGCAUCGAGGUGGACCCCCGGGCGAUCGAGAUCCUGGAGGAGAAGCACCCGGCGCUCGUCGUCCACCACCAGGACGUCCUGCAGGUCGACUACCCGGAAAUGGCGGAGGAGCAGGGGGAGCCCCUCGUGGUCAUCGGAAACCUACCCUACUACAUCACGAGCCAGAUCCUCUUUGCCCUGGCCGACGCCAGCCACUACGGUGCCGUGGACUGCGCCACCGUCACCAUGCAGUGGGAGGUGGGCCAGCGCAUGGUGGCCCCGACCUCCUGCAAGGACUACGGCAUCCUCUCGGUCGUCUUCCAGACCUACGCGGACGUCCGGUGCCACUUCAAGAUCCCGCCCACCGUCUUUUACCCGCAGCCCAAGGUCGACAGCGCCCUGCUGGGCCUGCACUUUCUGGGACCCGAGAAGCUCCGGAGGCGGCUGGCGGGGGUCCGGCCCCGGGACUUUCGGACGGUCGUCACUACCGCCUUUCGCCAGCGGAGAAAGACCAUCCGCAACACCCUGAAAAAGCUCCCGGGCAUCGAGAAGGAGGUCCUGAUGCAAAAGAUCGACGCUCCCCCCCUCCCCCUCCCGGCGGAGGUCCUUUCCGCCAUGGAGGCCGGGGACGCCUUUGCGAACGCCCAGGAGCUCCCGGACGACUGGAUGCGCAAGCGGCCGGAGGAGCUCACGCCGGGGCAGUUCGUCGAGGUGACCCGGCUCAUGUACGGAGACGCCGGUGGCAGCGCCGGCGGCGACGACGGAGAAGCCCCCUCCGGAGACGCCCUCGGGAGAAAGGUCUGGCGAAAGCUCAAGCACGGAACGUAGCAAGGSAAGGCACGGCAAGGCAAGGCAAGGCAACGCACGGCACGGCAAGGCACACGGCCCCGCUACACACGAC